UCUUUCUCUGAUUUUUUUCUGUCUUCUCUUUCAAUGCUUCUGUUCAUGUUUAUCUCUAUAUCUUCUUGCCUUUUUGUUACUCGUUUUUUCUUUUUAUGGUUUAAUAACAAACAUAUUUCGCACAACUUCAAUGGAAUGUGUAUAUACUCACGGGUACAUACUUCAUACUUUGAUGAAUAUGAAUGCUAGUACACUCUCAAGAUGCAGAUGGCGAACAAUAAGUGUGAUGAGUCUAUGACGAAGAAAAACAUAGAUUUUGCGAAUAUGGAGGAACUACUUCAAUCACAGAAACAACAAAUUACUGAUUUAGAAAAUACAAAUAUUCUGAAAGCUGAUCGAAAGAAACAUUUACAGGAGAGUUUAAAAGUGGUUCUGAAUACGAUAAAGAGAGAAACUUUGAUGGAUAAGGAAUGUGUGAAAGAAUUAAAACAAUUGAAAGUGAUGAACUCUAACAUGAGUGAUGAGCUGGAACGUUUGAAGAAAGAGAAUGAAAUGAUGACAAAGGAAUUGUCAGAGAGUAAGUCAUUAACUGAUCAGCUGAAGGAGAAACUUUCUGAGGAGAAUAUGCGGAUGACGAUGAAACUUAUUGAAGAGAAUGGUCGGAUCAUAAGGAGAUUUACCGAGGAGAAUGGGCGGAUCAUGAGGGAAUCGGAAAGAAGUGAAGUCCUAAAUGAUAUACAGCCGAAGAAUUUUACUGAAGAAAUUCGAAAGGAUGACUAUGAAAAACUCAAAGCAAAAGUGGUUGUGCUUGAAGAAGAACUANAAUCCUUCCAAAUUUGUCUUAUUGGUAUUAUGUCAUAA